AUGUUGUUAAAUAAUACACAAAUCAGCUUUGCAGUAUUUAAUUUAAUAUUUAGUUUUAUUUUUUUAAAUCUUGUUUGUCAGAUAUUCUUCUAACUUUUUGUUUUACAGUCGUUCCCACACUGACUUCGUCCCAAACAUCCACAAACGUUCCCCCCAAAAAUGUGUAAAACGUCUGCAAAGCAUCCCAGAAGUAUUUUCAAACCCAAACACAGAAGUCCAUUUUCCAAAGUGCCCAGUUGGCCCCACUUCCAAGUCCCAAAGACCCCCCCCCCUUCUAGUACCCCUAAAAGGUUAGGGAAACUCCUUUUAAAAAUGUUUUUGAUUGCAAAAUGUGAAGAAAACCUAUCACAGCCGGAGGAUGGAGAGCUGGAGGAGGGCGAGCUGGAGGACGAUGGGGGAGAAGUCGAGGCGGUAGAGCCGGCUGGAGGAACCUCGGCAGCAGCAGUCGGAGUCGGAGAUGGGGCAGAGGAAGCAGGCGCAGGGGGUGAAGCGGGUGAAGGGGAAGGUGCCCCAGAGAAGCCUCGGCGAAGUGGAGAGCGUCAUGGCAGCAGCGAGACGGACGAGGAGAGAUCCCACCGACGCAAGAGGAAGAGGAAGAAAGAGAGGGAGCGAGAACGGGAGAAGAGGAGAUCCAAGAAGAAACGGAAAUCCAAACACAAACGCCAUGCGUCCUCUGAUGACGACCACUCAGACUUCAGUGAUGACUCCGACUACAGUCCCAGUGAGAAGAGGAAGUACAGAGAGUACAGUCCACAGUACCCCCCUCCUUCUCACGGGGGAUACGGCGGCUCAAAGAAGAGCGGCUACAUGAAGAUGGACAAGCCGAGCUACGGAGGCUAUGAUGAAUAUGAAGAGGAAAACUUUGAGGUAGAGGAAGAGGAGGAAAUGGGCGAGGAAGACUAUGACGAUUUCACCAAGGAGCUCAACCAGUACCGCAAAGCCAAGGAGGGAGGAGGAGGCCGCGGGGGUCGAGGAGGCGGUCGAGGUCGUAUGAAGAGCUUGAGAGGCCGUGGAGGAAUGCGGGGAGGUAGGAGGGGAAGAGGUGGAAGCAGAGGCGGAGGCAGAGGUCGAGGCGGGAAGAUGGGAGGAGACAACGAUGAUGGAGAUGGCUACGGAGAAGAGAUGGAGUAUGGAGAUGAUGACUACGAGAACAUGGGGGAUGAUGACUAUGACGAAUACUCAAAGGAACUGUGCCAGUACAAGAAGACCAAAGACAGAGGCAGAGGUGGGAGAGGCGGCCGUGGCCGAGGGCGAGGUAAAGGAGGGCGAGGCAUGAUCAGAGGAGGAAAAGGUCGGAAUCGUGGGAGAGGAAGAGGAGACAUGGGGAACGAUGACGACAACAAUGGAGACGUGGACAACGGGGAUGGAGGUGGAGGAGGCGAGGGACCAGGAAUGGGGAGGAGGAAUCAGAAUGAGAAGCACCAGGAUAAGAAGGGAAAGGCAAUCUGCAAAUACUACAUCGAGGGCAGAUGCACAUGGGGGGAUCACUGCAACUUCAGCCACGACAUUGAGCUGCCCAAGAAGAAAGAGCUCUGCAAGUUCUACAUCACUGGAUUUUGUGCCCGAGCUGACCACUGUCCAUACAUGCAUGGUGAAUUUCCCUGUAAGCUGUUCCACACCACCGGGAACUGUGUCAACGGUGAUGAAUGUAUGUUCUCCCAUGAUUCCCUCAAUGAUGACACGCAGGAGCUGCUCAACAAGAUGCUGGCAGAAGAUGCAGAGGCCGGAGCGGAGGAUGAGAAGGAGGUGGAGGAGCUGAAGAAACAGGGGAUCAACCCUCUCCCAAAGCCCCCUCCUGGAGUCGGCCUCCUCCCCACCCCUCCUCGGCCUGUUCCUGUGGACAACAGCACAGGGGCUGGGGAUUUCGGUGGCCCUACGUCAGGUGACUUUGGGGGUCCUCCUGGACCGAAUCAGGGGCCCAUUCCCAACAAAUGUCCCCCAGGACCAGGACCAGGACCAGGAGCAGGGCCUGUUCCUGGACCUAUACACUGUCCUGGUCCGCCUGUCAUUGGCCCUGAUGGAAAUCCCUUCCAAGGAGGGCCCCCAAACCCUAACUGUCCUCCCCCUCACAUGGGCCCCCCACCUCCUUGUGGGGGUGGUGGAGGGAAGAAGAUCCCCUCAUUGUUUGAGAUUAAAGUGAAGCCGACAGGACAGCUGGCUCACAAACUUGCCGUCAGGGGCCAGACUCCUAGCAGCGGUCAGACUCCAGCCCCUGGACCCCAGGGAGCCCCCGGUGCUCCUCCCACCCACUUUCCAUCCCCUCAAGGCAUGAUGCCCCCGGAUAUGCAAAACAUGGGCUCCAACUUCGGGAUGAACCAAGGGCCGCCCAACAUGGGAGGCCCUGGUGGGCCGCCUAUGAUGGGAGGAUUUGCACCUGGCGACGGCCCUCCACACGGGGGCGCUAUGCCUCCGGGUCCUCCUCAAGGGGGAGGAAACUUCUUCAAUAACUACUACAAUCAGCAGGAGGGGAUGAACAUGGAGGGAGUGGUGGAAGAAGGUGACAACGACUACCAGAGUUUUGAUGAACGAGGAGGAGCGGGGAAAUUUGGUAAUCAGUCGGUUGGCCAAGAAAGCUCAGCAAAUGGAGCUUCGACCAAUCAGGGAGGGAUUUCUGUGCCCGACUUCUUGCCUCCAGCGCAGCGCGUUCUGUUCAUGAGGAUCCAACAGAAGCAGCAGGAGGAAGAGGAAAGAGCUCGCAGGAUGGCCGAGGGAGGAGCAGAGAGGAGCCGAGACACUGAAGGUGACUCAGGGAACUGGUACUCCAGUGAGGAUGAGGACGGAGGUGGAAGUGUGACUUCGAUAUUAAAGACGCUCCGUCAGCAGACCCAGCCUCCCCAAAAACCUGAAGGCCCUCCUCUGGACCCUCGCCUCCAGAAGGCCCCUCCUCCUGGUGCUCCUGCUCGCCCAGCGGACCCCCGCAUGGCUCGGGACCCACGAUUGUCACGUGCCGCCGAGUCCGACUCCACUCACUCCAUACCCGCUCCAUCUUCCUCCGGACCACCUGCAGACCCCAGGUUAGCCCGACUCACUGCUGCUGCCGCCUCGGCCGGAUCCUCCCUGUUGCCUCCGGCGUCUAAACCGGAGCCUCCUCUGGUCUACAAGCCCCCACCUCUGACAGCCCCGCCUGUGGAGGAGGAGGAGACAGAGCGAGUUCUGCGGGACAAGCCGGUGCCGAUCCCCCUCGACCCCCUCAUGGGUAUGGCUCUGAGAGACCCCCGCACGCAGCUGCAGAAGUUCAGCCACAUUAAGAAGGACAUUGUUCUCCACAUGCCCGCCUUCAUAAAAACCAUCACAUGGUCACCUGAAGAUCUCCUUCCAAUCCCCAUCCCCAAGCAGGACCUCCUCCCUCUCCCACCAGGCAUCCCUCCCGUCUCCUCCAUAGACCCUCGUCUGUCUCGUGCUCCGCCACCCCUCCACACUCCACAGCCCGCCCCUGCGCAGCCUCCUCCCCCCUUGGACCCCCCUGCUGCCUCCUCCUCCACCUCGUCCAUCCCAGACUUUGAGUUACUAUCUCGUAUCUUGAAAACGGUCAACUCCAGCCCGUCUCAGACCCCCUCCCCUCCUCUUUUAUCUGCCCCUAUUGCCCCCGUGUCCCUGCUGGGACCACCUCCCCCCAUGACUCCUGCCCCAGUAGAAAAGCCUGUUGACCCCCGUAUGGCUCGAAAACUCCCUACUGACCCCCGCCUCCAACCUCAGAAGUCAGCACUGAAGCAACCAUCAGAACCUGCGCCUCCUCCCGUCCCCUCCCUCUCCUCAGCAACGACCUCCAGUUCCUCCCCUCCCACUAUCGCACCUUACGACCCCCGGCUGCUCUCUACUGGUGGGACAGGGCGCAGUGUGGGCACUGGGUCACCAGGGGGAGCCAGUGUACUGAGCAACAUCAGUCUGUAUGACCCUAGGACUAACAAACCAGGCAGCCCUGGUACCAGCAGCGGCUCUAACAACUCCCCCAACUCAGCCAGCACAGAGUCUAAACCCAGUGACCCCCCACCCAGUAAACCCAAGUCUAAGGAGCCCCUGUUUGUUCGGAAGUCUGCGUUGGACCAACCAGAGCCGGAGAAAAGCGUAGAGCAAGGGACUGAUCGAUACAACAGCUACAACAGGCCGCGACCGAAGCCAGCACCCUCGCCCAACUCUGCAGCCCAGGGAGGGGCCGCUGCAGCCGGGGCAGCCACAAGUGCAGGUCAGGGUGCGUCUGGAGCUGCAGGGGAUCAGGGGCCCUCAGGGGUCCACAACUUACCUGUGUCGUCUUUAUUUGGGGUGGUGAAGCAGGCGGCAAAGCCCGGCGGGACUGGUAGCCCUUUUGGAGGCAGCAGCCCGGUGCAGCCUGACCAGGCGACCACAGAGCAGGACAAAGCCUCCCUCAAGGAGGUUUUCAAAGGCUUUGACCCCACAGCGUCACCUUUCUGCCAGUGACCCCCUCCCACCCCCAAAGACCCUCAACCCCACCUCGAUCACUGAACACUGAACUCUGAAGCCCAUCAAGUGGUCGGCUCGUUGUCUUGUUUUAACAUUAUUGAACACUGAGAAGGAGAGAGAGAUGCACACUGAGGUAACUGCCUGUAAGACUGAUGAAGAAGACGAACCUUUGUGAUCAAAAUCCAAUCACACAACGGGUUUCAUUUACACACACGCACACACACACACAAUUUACCAGUGUUGCAGAUUCAGAUUCUAUAAAAGACCGGGGUUUAUGGGGAGGGUUUAAAGUAAAAAUCUCUAAAGCUCUAUUUUAAACAGACUUAUUGAUGUAUAAUUAAAUGUAUUCUUCUCAUCUCAUUGCUUAAUGUAAGCAGUUAUUCAGACAGCAGCAAAAACACAUUUAUAAAAAGAAUCAACAUUUUAGAUUCAUAACUUUUUUAUUUUUAUUUAUACCCUUAUCUCAGCUCCUCCACUCAACUUUUUUUGUACACCUUCUCCUCAUCUGUGAACUGUUUGAUGUGCUCGUCUCUGCGUUUUGGACGGUCAAAAGGUGACAACAGAUGAAAAGCACCGGACAGAGCAGUCAGGAUAUUAACUUAUCUGUUGAGUUUUUCUGAUUUAAUGAACUGCACUGCGGUAACUCCUUGAACACAGUCGCUCUUUACAAACAAAAUCACAUGUGCAUUGCUGCCUUUGCCUCACUGUCCUCUUGAACCUGUGAGAGAUGUUUGGUUAGCAUGUUUUCAUUAUGACCCACAUUGUCACACUUUCUGCAGAAACUAUAGCAAAUACUUAAAUCUAUAUUCUGCUUUUUUUUUUUUUUUUUUUAGUAUUUAUUUCAUUGCACUCUAGGUUUGUGUCCUCUUCUGGCUGAGUUAUUGAUCUCUUUGUGUGUAGCUCCUCCAGCUGCUCACAUACUGUUUCAUUUUUAUUUUUAAUGAGCUCUUACCCAAAACAGGUAACUCACCUGUUACCUUUCAGUACUGCCUCUUUAACCACUACACUGUUAACCAUUUGAACAUUUUCACAUGAACAUUUUGUUUAAUCUGCCUUUCAGAGUGGAGAGCGUCUGUGUCACAGCUUCUGUAGCUUUAAGGAGUUAGUGGAACAUUUUAGCUUAACUUGGUCGGUUAUAGAUUUAAUAGGGAACAAUAAUGAAUUUAUUUCUCUCCUGAGAAGUUUAUUUCAACAGCGUUUGUUUGUUUCACUUACUUUCCAUCUCUUACACCUUGAUCAGAGUAAGACACUUUGAAAACUAUGCCAGAAUUCACCUUUCCUUUUGGUUCAUUUCAGACUGUUAGGAUGUAAAGAAUCUCACCAGAUCAGAAAUAAAACGCGCAGACUGCAUGAUUUCUGUGACUGAUUGGUGAAAAUGGAAUCAUUUGCAGCCUCAUUCAUGAGCUUUUUUUUUUAGCUUUCUUGGCUGGUCGCUGUGUGACAAUCGAAAGCUCCACUUGGACCUAAAAUUCUUCUAAAGCAUGAACUUGCAUUGAUCUGUCAGGUAGCGCCCUCUACUGUCAACCUGAGCUCUGGUGAAGAGGACCAUGGGACUGAAAUAUCAAAUGUCUGCGUUAAGAUGCAAAUGAAAACAUGUUUUUUUCCCUCUGAGGCUUCAAAAGUAAUGCACACUUUGGGAUGGAUUCACAGUUUUGAUAUAAAUAUUAAAUUCUUCCCGUUCUCGUCCCCUCUGAGUUUCUUCCCCUUUAUCUGAAACAGUUGCUCUUAGAAGGAGCUGUUGUCCCUGAAUCAUCAGGGUGAGAAUAAGCAGUUUGUUUGCCUGAUGCGUCUGUCUUUAACAUGUGUUUGUGUGAAAGUCUUUCACCGCUCGGUCACUGUAGGAGAAGCGCUAGAAGUUACUGAUUCUCUAGACUUCCACUCGUCAUCCGUCUUUGUAAAAAUGUUGAUCAUUUUAAUUUAUUUUUUUAUACCGGGGUAAAUAAUACUUCCUCACUUAACAUUUUUGAACUGAAUCAUUUUAUAUGCCAGGAAUAUGUGAUGACUGCACCCCUCGGCGGGUUGUCGGCAGCCUGCAGCAGUGUGCAGACAGAAAAGAGAGAGACUAUUUUUUUAUUUGGUUUUGUGUAUAAAGGUUCAAACUAACAACAGAUUCACUGUUUCUCAUCCUGCCGGGCCAUGAAAAAAAGCCUGAUGGGAUUCUGAGUGUCUGCUACAUCAAGUGUGAAAUAAUUGUUGAUUUGUUCUUUCCUUUACGGCUUUGUUGUUUUAUAAGUUUAUUUUUUUUCUUGCUCUGUAAAUUGACCAGUAUCCCGUCUUCGGAGGAGUGGAGUUUUCUAACUGUACACUGUAGGUGAGGUUGUCAAAGUAUUUAAAUAAAGUUGAUUCAUCAUCAACCACUAAA